AUGGCAUUAUUGGAAGGAGUACCCAUUGAUAAUGGUAGUGAUGAUGAUGAUAUUCAGCGAGCCUCCGAUGGUGAUGAACAAUCCAAUGAACAAGAUGAUUUAUCUGGACCGAAGGAAGUAGUGGAAAUUAGAUAUGCUUCCUAUGAUGGAGAUUAUUGGAAAUCGAGAGUGAAAUUAAUAGGAAUUGGAUUUUUAUAUUUUGUAAUAUUGAAUAGUGUUGUAUUGGUGAUUGGGUUUUGGGCUUGUCCGGAUAUUCAGAUUUUUGGAUAUGAAAUUGUGAAUGAGAUUUUCAAGUGGAUGUGGUAUAUGAUAUUGUUGGUGAUGGGAUUUUUCUACGUAUCCAAUGUUACGGAGCAAAGAUGUUUGUAUAGAGAACUUGUGGUGGUGCAACAGAAAAAUGUUCAGAAUGAAGAGUUUAGUGUUGAGGAGUUUGGACAUGUUUUUUGGAUUAAGCACUUUUUCAAAAAGUUGAUAGAAUCUAUAAGGGGAAGAUCAUUUAGAGAAUUUUCCAAAUAUUAUCUGCAAGAUAGAGAGGGUACAUGUAGUGAGUUGAUUAAUUUAUUGAGCCCUAGAUCUUUUAAACUGGUAGAAAACAGGAAGAGAUCUAAGAAGGAUAUUUUUGUGUAUUUUCCAAUUUAUUUAGUUGGAGUUAUGAGUUGUAUUGAGACAUCUACUACAUCAACAGCAUUUUCCUACUUUUUAAAUAAUGGAAUUUUCGUUAUAGCUUAUUAUAUUGGACUUCAAUUCACUUAUUUAGACAAAAUUGAAUUUUUACAAUUAUUUGGUGAUAGAAUUGCAAACUCAAAUAGGUGGAAAGAAAUUAGAAUUUUUGAAUGGAUUGGAGUCUUGAUAUCAGCUAUUGCUUUACUUGUAGUGAUUGGUCUCCAAAUAUUUACUUUCAUUACAAAAUCUGGUAUCGAUAUUUUAAUUGCUUAUGCACUUGGCUAUUUUUUCUUCUUUCUGUUUGUUUCAAUAGUUUACAUUUCUCUGUCACAUGUUAGAAAGACACAUUACCUUCACAUGCAUCAUUAUUUUUUAUUUCUGAUUAUUAUUCCACUAUUCAGAUCUACUGGCUAUUUCAAUAUUGGAACAUUAUGUUCUGGUCUAUGUCUUGGAAUAUUUAUAGAGGGUGUUAGCAGAUGGGGAAUGCAUGGAAUUUUAAUUGAACGUCGAUAG